UAUGCAACUAUUGUGGUAAUAUUACCUUUCCAGCACGAGGUGUCUCUCUACUUCAGUGUUUGACAGUCUCAGGAAUCUUCGCUCACAAACUGUCUGGUUUAUGGUUAAGCUACACUUAUCAGAGACACAAUCUGAUCCACUAAACGUCUAUAUUUUGCACCGUACAGCGACAGCAGGAGAGCAACAGCGGUCGCCCUGACCUCGCCUGUGCGUUUGCUUCAAACACGGAUCACGCGCACAAUGGCGACGCUCACGACGUCAAGCAAAAGACCGUACCACAUCGUAGUGUUCGGAGCGACCGGUUUUACCGGCCAGUUUGUAGUGGAGGAGGUGGCGCGGACGUGUAACGAGGGUCCGGGAAAGACGUUACAAUGGGCUGUAGCCGGACGAAACCGCGACCGACUGGAAAAAACACUCAUUCAGGCAGCUGACGCUCUGCGUAAACCAGAGCUGAAGUGUGUGGAGGUUAUUGUAGCAGAUGUAGACGAACCGGAGUCGUUGGCCAUCAUGUGCAAACAAGGAAUCAUUGUGCUCAACUGCGUGGGACCAUACAGAUUCUAUGGAGAGCCCGUGGUAAAGGCCUGCAUAGAGAAUGGAGCCCACUGCAUUGAUAUCUGUGGAGAACCACAGUUUUUAGAGGGCAUACAGUUGAACUACCAUAGCAAAGCUCAGGAGAAUGGUGUAUAUAUCAUUGGAAGCUGUGGGUUCGAUUCAAUACCAGCAGAUAUGGGCAUCCUUUUUACACGGGAUCACUUCAAAGGAACGCUCACUGCUGUGGAGAGCUUCCUAACAAUCAACACGGGACCUGAGGGAGGACGUGGCCAUGAUGCAACGUGGCAGUCAGCCAUCUUUGGCUUCGCUGACAGUGCCAGUCUCAGAAGAAUAAGGAAGAAGUUUGGGCAUAAACCUCUGCCAGCCGUUGGCGCUAGAAUCAAAAAGAGGGGAGCUCUGUUCUUCAGUAAGGAGAUUGAGCAGUAUGCCAUUCCCUUCAUGGGCUCAGAUCCGUCUGUGGUGCGACGGACUCAGCGCUAUAUGCACGAGGAACAUAAACACAGCCCUGUUCAGUAUAUGGCAUAUGUAGGUAUCGGUGGUCUUUUCUCCGUGCUGAAGACCCUCUUUGCAGGCGUUGUCUUCUGGUUCAUGGUCAAAUUUAGUCUUGGCAGGGGAUUGCUUACUCAGUUUCCAGAAUUCUUCUCAUUUGGUUUGUUCUCCAAGACCGGACCAACAAGAAAGCAGAUGGAUGGAACCUCUUUCUGCCUGAGGUUCAUGGGGGAGGGCUACACGACCGGUCAGGACCUUUCUCGGGGCAAGCCAGAUGCCACAAUCAGCACUGAAAUAACAGGACCGGAGCCAGGAUACAUUGCAACACCGAUUACCAUGGUGCAGGCAGCUAUUACGCUGCUUAACGAACCUCAGUGUCUCCCUAACAACGGUGGUGUGUACACUCCAGGAACAGCUUUUGCAAGAACUACCCUAGUGGACCGUCUGAACAAACACGGAAUCCAGUUCUCACUGAAGAACGGACAACAGACAUGAGUGCUCAUCAUCAGCCUGGUUGAGCUCUUUUGUUAUAUAAAUGAAAAAAAAUAUCGCAUUGAGUUGUGUAGCCAAAAGUGUGAGAGCAUCCUUCUGAAAAAAUUUAGGCAAAAGUUUUUUUCCUUAAACUUUAAGGAAACGGAUGUGAAAUACUAUGAUUUAUAGCAUUUAUUAAUUUAUCUUAUGAAAAAUAGAUUAUCAAUAAAUCCAACACAAUGUAGAUCAUACAAACACAUACAUGAAGGGGUGAGCCCAUACAGUUUUCUCAGUGUGGCAAACACACACACACAGGCCAGUCCCCACAAUGUCAGGUUUUGUCACGGUGUGGUUUAGCGUGAAGGAGCAUUCGACGAGAAUAAAUUAACUUGAAUAGUUCUAAUCCUCUUUAAACGGACAAAAAAAUAAUAUACAGGUAGGCAGACAGGCAGAACAAAAACCACACGUAUUAACCUCGACGAUCAAACAAACUGAAUACAAACACACAGGACUUAAAUACACAAGGAAAUCACUAAAUUAACGAGACACAGGUGAAGACACUGACCCAAUUAACAGGAACAAAGGUAGGGAACACAGAGCACAUGGCACAAGAUCAAAACAACAACAAAGGAUCCAAAGACGUGACAGGUUUCAAGUAAAUUUAACUCUAACCUUUGCAGUGUCUUAAACAAAUAUAGAUGAGUGUGUUAGUGUAAACACUGCAUGUAUGGGUGUAUCUUCAAAUAGGGCAACCAGGGGUUAACUAAAUGUUAUUAAAACUACAAUUUAAACAACACAAAUUUUCAUGUCAGGUUUUCAUGUCAAAUUCUGGUUUUACUAUCCUUGUAAAUGUACGCACACACACACACACACACACACACACACUUCAAAAUCAGAUCAAAGUCCUACUGCAAGAUUUGGUGAUGCUGCAAAUAAAACAUUUUUGAAACAUG